AUGUAUCGCGACUUCUCCACACCACUCUCACAAGCGCCAACGUCGUCCUCAACCAGCCACGACAGCUUGACAGCUGAGCCCUGCGAAUCGCUUGAAGUCGAGCAGGGUGAUGCAGGCUAUCGUGGUCCAGCGGCCAAUCUGGUGGCCCGCAGACUACCACAGGUAGAGGCCGAUAAGAUGGCCCCGCGUCGUGAUAUCGAGGACGUGUGCCGUAUACGGAAGAUUUUGGACAAGAAGCGACAAUGGGAAGAUCGCAUGGCGGUUCUGCUGGGUGAAAAGAUGUUGGCAAAUGGUAUCAAUCGACAUCUAGGGGCUAUAGAAGUGGGAUAUCUACCCGAAGAUGAACACACAAUGGGAAAAGGGACAGUUGGUACAAAUGGGCACCGAAGAAUGCACGAAUUCCUGCACAGCAAGGAGAAGAAGAGGAAACGAAGUGUUGAAGACAUUGGAGAUGAGGUCACGGAUGAUAAGGUUGCCAAGAGGACGCGGACAGUGCCUCUGGGCAUAUUGAAGAUGCACACAGAUAAGAAAGAUCGACACUUACCCAGCAGACAUACCGGAUGA